AAAAGCAUUGGCAAAACCAACAAACACACCCCACUUACACUUAGACAAGCUUUCUUCGUCCCUUAUUUUCCACUCCACUAAGCUAGCUACUUACCAACCAAACUUCAUUUCAAAUGGCUGCAGCCAAACCAGCUGCUGAUCAACAAGUUCCUCCCGGAUUAGAAACACUCAAGUAUCAGACAUGGGUUUUAAAAGUCUUGAUCCACUGCGAUGGCUGCACAAAAAGAGUCAAGAAAAUUCUUCAGGGAAUUGAAGGAGUUUACAGAACGGAAAUCGAUUCUCGGCAGCACAAGGUUACGGUUACUGGCAACGUUGACGCUGAGACUCUCAUCAAGAAGCUUUCAAGAUCUGGGAAAUCAGUAGAACUUUGGCCAGAAAAGCCUCCUGAGAAGAAAGAUAAAAAAUCUUCAAAAUCAAAGGGUGAAACUGAAAAUAUUAUUAAUAAGGAGAUCAAGGAAGAUCAGAAGAAUAGUACUGAACAUAUUGGUGAAAGUAGUCAUGAAGGUUGCAUAGAUGAUGCAGGUGAUGAUGGUGAAGAAGAUUCAGAUCACAAAGAAGGUAAUAAUGGUGAUAAAAAUAAUAACAAAAGUGAGGGUGGUGCUAAAAAGAAGAAGAAAAAGAAAAAGAAGAACAAAAGUGGUUCUGCUUCAUUAACUCCAAAUAAUGGAGGAGGAAAAGAAAUAAUUAGUACAGAAACAAUUGAUUCACCACAAGUACUUGAAAAAGUGAAUGCCAUUCCUAAGGAAAUUAUUAUGCCUCCAGUACUUCCUCAGCAGCAUGCUUAUAACCCAUAUCCACCACAUAUGUACUAUCCACACCCUCCUCCAGCAGUAGCACCACCCUAUGGGUUAAGCUAUAACACAUCAUAUCCUGUUUCUAGCACUUCUUCUUAUUAUGUUGGUGCCCCUGUCAUGCCCAUGCAUGCUAAUUACUCUAGACUCCCUCCACCUCCUCCACCCUCUCAUCCAAUCAACAACUAUGGUCAUCAUAAUGAUCAUGAAGAAUAUGAAGGUGGAUAUUGCUCCAUUAUGUGACAAAGUGGAGGAUGAUAUUGUGUAUUGUUAGUGUUGUUGCUUGAUAAUUAGUGCUAAGAGUGAGGGAAAGCGGGGGUUUAAAUUUUGUAUUAUGUGCUGCAAAAAUAGAAAUUAGUUAUCUAGCCGAUGGAAAAACGAUUUGGAUCUUUCGCAAUGUACUUAGUAUAGUUAUUGCAUAGUCGUUCAAAAUUUGAAUCUUUUGAAUUCUGAUCCGACUUUGCAAUAGCUACAUUAGAAGUUGCGGAAGAUCUAGAUUAAAAAAAUGUGGGGACAAGGACAAGAAUGUAAAAGAAAAAAAAAUAUAUGGUGUAGUUUGCUUGCUGGUAUGGUGGGUCUUCAAUGCUUUGUCUAUGUUUAGCCUUUUUUCCUUCUUCUUUGUAUUAACCUGUUAAAAAGUAUAGUUUUUUGGGUUUGCUAAAAAAGGCCAAUAGGAUUGUAAUGCUCUGCAAUUUGUGCACAGGAAAUCUUACUUUCCCUCUCUA